UGUUUUACUAACAUAACCUAAUUAACCUAUAUGAAAUAUAAUUUUAAUUUUAUGAAUACAAAAAUAUGAUUUUAAUAAAUUUCUUUUUAAUUAACAAGAUGACAACUUAGCAAGAAGAUUAUCAACAAUUUAAUAUUAUAAAGAUUUAUAUGUCAUAAACAUUACAAAGUAUACUCAAAUAAAAUGAAAUCACAAAAGGAGAUUAUAAUUAAUGUUGACCAAUCGGGUAGUGUGAGGCCUUCAAAAACAGAGAUAAAUAUAUUAUGUUUAGAUAUAACUCCAUAUAGUCAAUUAACACAAUUUUUAUGUUGUUCAGUAUUUGUAUUUAUUUGUUAUCUAGCCUAUGGAUAUUUCUUAGAAUUAAUAUUCUCGGUGCCUGAAGUAAAACCUGUGAGUUUAUAUAUAACAUUAGUACAAUUCCUUAUAACAAUGCUACUGAGUUAUGUAGAGUCUGUAAUAAGGAAUCCAAUCAAGAGAAAAGUGCCAUUAAAAACCUAUGCAAUUUUAGCAGCACUGACAUUAGGUACUAUGUCAUUGUCUAAUCUGGCAUUAAGUUAUCUCAACUAUCCCACACAACUAAUAUUCAAGAGUUGCAAAUUAAUACCAGUAAUGAUUGGCAGUAUCAUUAUAUUAGGAAAAAGAUAUGGAUUUUUGGAUUAUAUUGCUGCUAUUAUUAUGUGUAUCGGAUUGACUAUGUUCACAUUGGCCGACUCAAAAACUUCGCCAAAUUUCGACUUCAUAGGUGUUGUAGUAAUACUGCUUGCAUUAUUAUGUGAUGCUAUAAUAGGCAAUGUUCAAGAGAAAGCUAUGAAGCAAUUCCAAGCAUCCAACAAUGAAGUGGUGUUUUAUUCAUAUGCGAUCGCAUGUAUAUAUUUGUUGGUAAUAACAAGUGUCAGCGGCAUAUUUGUGGAUGGUUUCGUUUACUGUUCAAAGACGCCAAUCGUAAUCUACACGAAUAUAUUUCUGCUAAGUGUAAGCGGAUAUAUGGGCCUACAGGCGGUGCUGACUCUAGUACGUAUAUGCGGUGCUACUGUGGCCGUCACUGUUACCACCAUGAGGAAAGCACUGUCUAUUGUGAUAUCAUUCUUGCUGUUCAGCAAGCCUUUUGUCUUCCAGUACGCAUGGUCUGGUAUGCUGGUUGCACUGGCCAUAUAUUUGAAUCAUUACAGCAAGAAAAAUCCUCAUUACAUUCCCUUGCCAAUAACCAGGUGUUGGCAAUACAUGCAGAGUUUCUAUCAGUCAGAAUAUCAGUAUUUGAGAAUAAAAAGCAAAAUAUAUUCUGACACUGUAUGAAACUACUGUUUUAUAUGUAAGCAAUGAAUGAAUUUAUUGAUAUUAAUGAUAUACUUAUUUUGAAAUAUACCAAAUGACUAUAAACAUAAACAUUAUCCAAUAAUAAGAAUAUUAUUUAUUGUUUUUAUUAAAACUACAAACUCAUUUUAAUGAUUAAAGUGUUGUGUCACUUACCUUUUACCUUUUGUACUAUUAUUAUUCUUACCUUUUAUAUGUAGAAAACAACUUACGAUACUUUUCUGUAACUUGUAUAAAUCAUUACACUUUUUUAUAAAUAAGUAUGUAGUAGUAUACAUUUCACGUGAAAUCUACAUUAACUCUAAAAUAAGACUGUGAUUGAGCAAUAAGCUUGUAAUUCCAAUUUUAAAGGUUUUUAUAUCAUUAUUAUUUUAUUACAAAUUCAUAUCGA